AUGACCACUACUACUGAAUCUUUUGCCAAGUUAUGUAGUUCUGCUGUAACUGAUGAUGCUACUCCAAUUAAAUCAUUAGUAUUCAAGCCAAAAACUCCAAAAUCUGCAACUCCUAUUCCAAUUGUUGUUAUUGCUUUGCAAUCAACAACUACUCCAUCUUCAUUAAUUGCUCAAUUGACAGGCACUAAAGACCCAAGAUUAGCAAAAGAUGAUUUGAUUAAAACUUUCUUCGCAGCUCCAUCUGCAGGGGAAUUCAACUUGGGUCAUUUGUUGAAUAACUCUACUAGUGAAUAUCAUUUAUUAAUUGAUCAACACUUGGUUGACUUGAAAGAUUCAACUAUCUUGAAAUUAAACGGUAACUUAUUCAUUGAAAAAUCAAAAGCCAUUGAAUAUUUAAAUGAGCUUAAAGUAGCUAAGUUACAGUCCAACAUUGAUUUCACUACUGAAGUUAAACCACAAAACACCUCAAAACAACAACCAAAAGAUAAAAAGGAAAAGAAAGCUUUAGCUCCAUCAAAUGCUACUUUAGAAGAUGCCAAAUUAAUUGGUAUUACUGUUGAUAAAGCUUUAGACUUCCCAGGUUGGUAUCAACAAGUAUUAACUAAAGGUGAAAUGUUGGAUUAUUAUGAUGUUUCUGGUUGUUAUAUUCUACGACCAACUUCUUAUGCCAUUUGGGAAAACAUCCAAACGUACUUUGAUUCCAAGAUUAAAAAAAUGGGUGUUAGAAAUGCAUACUUCCCAAUGUUUGUAUCUUCCCGUGUCUUGGAAAAAGAAAAAGAUCAUAUUGAAGGGUUUGCCCCAGAAGUUGCUUGGGUAACAAAAGCCGGGUCUUCUGAUUUAGAAGAGCCAGUUGCUAUUAGACCAACAUCCGAAACAGUCAUUUAUCCUUAUUACGCUAAAUGGGUCCAAUCCCACAGAGAUUUGCCAUUAAGAUUGAACCAAUGGUGUUCUGUAGUUAGAUGGGAAUUUAAACAUCCACAACCAUUCCUAAGAACUAGAGAGUUUUUAUGGCAAGAAGGUCAUACUGCUUUCUUAAGUGAAGAAGAAGCUAAGGAAGAAGUCUUGGAAAUUUUACAUCAUUAUGCUAAUAUUUAUAAAGAAUUGUUAGCUGUUCCAGUUGUUCAAGGUAAAAAAACUGAAAAGGAAAAAUUUGCUGGUGCUUCUUUUACUACAACUGUCGAAGGUUACAUUCCACAAACUGGCCGUGGUAUUCAAGGUGGUACUUCUCAUCAUUUAGGUCAAAACUUUUCUAAGAUGUUCAACUUAUCAGUUGAAAACCCAUUGGGAUCUGAACAUCCAAAAGUUUUUGCUUACCAAAAUUCAUGGGGUCUUUCUACUCGUUCCAUUGGUGUCAUGGUUAUGGUUCAUUCAGAUAAUAAAGGUUUAGUAAUUCCACCAAGAGUUGCCGAAAAUCAAGCUGUUAUUAUCCCAGUGGGCAUCACAAAGAAGACUUCUAUCGAACAAAGAGAAUUAAUUCAUGAAUCAGCCAAAGAAAUUGAAGCUCAACUAAGAAAAAAUGAUAUCAGAGUCUUUGGUGAUUACAAUGACAAUUACACUCCAGGUUGGAAAUUCUCUCAAUAUGAAUUAAAAGGUAUCCCAUUACGUAUUGAGUUGGGUCCAAAAGACUUCGAAAAACAACAAGUUGUUGUUGUACGUAGAAACGAUUCUAAAAAAAUCAUUGUUCCAAUCAGCGAAUUAACUGAAACUUUACCAAAGAUUAUGGACGAUAUGCAUGAAGUUAUGUACCAAAAGGCAAAAGAUGCUUUUGAUACUCAUAGAGUUACUAUACAUGAUUGGAAAGAUUUUGUUCCAACUUUAAAUAAAAAGAAUGUUAUUGUUGCCCCAUGGUGUGGUGUCAUGGAAUGUGAAGAGGAUAUCAAAGAUUCUUCUGCUAGAAAAGAUGAUGGUGAAGAAUUUGAAGUAGAUGAAAAGGCUCCAUCAAUGGGUGCUAAGUCUUUAUGUAUUCCAUUUGAACAGCCAACAAUGAAGGAUGGUCAAAAGUGUAUCAAAUGUAACCGUAACGCUGUCAAUUAUUGUAUGUUUGGUCGUUCUUACUGA